AUUGGUGGAAGAAUGCUUGUUACCUACUCCUUUUUAAGUUCCCAAAUACCCCAAAACCAAACCAAACCAAACCGAACGAAACGUAUCUCUGAGAGCAUUGAGAUGGAGCGCCACAAAUGCAAGCUCUGUUCGAGAACAUUCGCCAAUGGCAGAGCCCUCGGUGGCCACAUGAAGGCUCACUUAGCCACUCUUCCUCUUCCUCCCAAACCCCAACCUCUUCCUCAAUCUAUUAACACUUUCUCUUCCAAUUCAUCUUCACGUCAAGACAUAGAAGAAGACCCUCAUAAUGAACAACAACAAAAGGCUCUCGUCAACUACGCCUUGCGAGAGAAUCCCAAGAAAUGUUUCAGGCUCGCAGAUCCCGAGUUCGACUCCGGCGCCGUCGUGCAAGACAGGGAGAGCGAGACCGAGUCAAAGAACCCAACCCGCCGACGAUCCAAGCGCCCACGCAGGCCCGCCAAUUCCCAACCCAAGGCCCGGCCCAAACUCAGCUUCAUGGAGUCCCCCGAGCCCGUGAGCUCCGUCUCCGACACUUCCCCCGAAGAAGACGUGGCCAUGUGUCUCAUGAUGCUGUCCAGAGACCGUUGGAGCAAGAACACCCACGCUGCUGUCGACAACAACAACCCCGUGGAAGACGAAGAAGAGAGAUCACCGGAAGAGAUCAAGUUCAGAAGAGUUCGCCGGAAGCACCAGUGCCAGAGUUGCCAGAAGACGUUUCGAUCUUCGCGCGCAUUGGGCAGUCACCGAACCAUUUGCGAAGGUUCGGGCAACGAUAGUAAAAUCUUCGAAUGCCCCUUUUGUUCUAAGGUAUUUGGGUCUGGUCAAGCUCUGGGUGGCCACAAGAGAUCUCACAUGGUACCUUCUUCCUCCUCCACUGCCAAUGAUUCCACCCGUCUCAAAGAAAGCUUCAUAGAUCUCAACUUCCCUGCUCCACCGGAAGAAGAAGACGACCUCAGCGUUGUUUCAGAUGCCCAAUUUGAUGACUGAUGAACUCAUUACAUGGGUAAAGUCUUCUCUUUUGGUAUAUUAUUUUGAUUUUUUUAUAGUAGGUGAGAAUUAAUAUUACAUUGGGUUCAUUGUUAGAUCAAAUGCUUUCGAUGGUACAAUGAUAGCUCAUAAUUUAUGUUUUCACCAACUGUCUGUUGUGCCUAACUCUGGAGUUAUACAUGCCACUGAAUUGUGCUGGCUAACCAUUAAAAUCUGAUCAUCAACUAACAUGACAUUUAACACCAGUCUUAGCAUUGUUCAAGGUCAUGAUGAGUUGCUAAGUAACACUGUUAAGUAUCUGUAUUGAGUUAGAAGUUGCAAAAGAAACCCAGUUGGGAGUGUUUUUUGGGAUUUGGUUCAUUGGUUGUGGACCAACAGCUUUGGGGUUUGAAAGUACUAAAGAGUUAAAUUCCAUUAUUGUGCUCUGGUUCUGUUUCACCUGUCCUUCCAGAUGAAAAAAAUAAUAUAAAUCAUUUGGUUUUCUUGGUCAUUGUCUUUUGGGUGAAAUGGAUUUGGAGAAGAAGAGUUAAAUGACAGCAAUGUAAACGCUGCAAUAUGUUUCCUUUACGUGAAUCUGGAGUUAGUUGCGUGAUGACCGGAAGGAUAUAUUGGGG